UGUACUACGAACUACGCUAGACCACUACGGCAGCGGUAGCUUUCUCGCUCGUAGUUAUUAUGUAGAAAAACCUGUUUUAGUUUAUUUUCAUGCCUUUUACUGCAACACAAUUUAUAAUAAUUAUGUGAUUUUAAAGAAAAUGUGAUAUAAGUUUUUCAACCACUUAUCAUCUACUUAGGAUUUCUCAGUACGUAAACACCCAGUAGUAUUCGAGAUAUGUCGAUGCCGACGUCUGCAAGUGGGACGUCGUCGUCCCGACGUCAGAAGCGCAUGGGACCUGCCCCUUUCGCCUCCUUCGAGGAUCUCUCAGACGAGGUGAGAUCUCGUCUUGAAAGUCCCGAAGACAAGAACGUAGCCGGUUCCGUGGUCCGAUUACCGGGUAUAAGAGAGGAUCUGACACCAACUACUCCAGCCAUGACUGAUAGAUCGCCGUCGCCUGCAUUUCCACAUAAGGGAAUAAGCCUCAUAGGGUCCAGCGCCACACCUAUUCCAAGCCAUGCUACGGUAAAGAAGAAUAACAUUAAGCCACCGACCACGCCUCGAAUUGACAUUUCGAGGGCCAGCAGCUCUUCACAUCAUGAUAGUAAGGAUAGCAGUCCUGAAAGGGAAAUUUAUGAUACCCAUGAUCCUAACAGUGCCAAAUUGGGAUUAGGUUUUAAAGAAGAUGGUGCGCUAGAUCUUCGAUCGUCUACGGAAGAAUUGGACUUUCAAGAUAUGUCAGUGGAAAGAAGACGAAGCAGCAAAGGAAGACCUCAAUCUCCAUCCAUUCUAGAAGAGCCUGUAACAGCCAGAAAAGAUUCACAAUGUUCGGAUAUUGUACUUCUGUCGAUAUCAGGUAGAACAUCGAGGUUAUCUAGCAUAGGCAGCCAAGGUUCUAAUCAAAGUCGUUUAUCGAACGCCAGCCAUAUUUCAAUGUUAUCCGGACAGUCGGGCUUAUCCAGAUGUUCUUCUCCGCAUAAAAUGCUUUUAGAAACUUCUUUUUGUGGUACAAAGAACGCGAAUGAGGUUGCUAAAGUAGACGAGGAUCACACAGGGACCAAAGUUGAAACCGAAGUUAUGGAAAAAAUUUUACUUUCUAGAAAACACGAUCCAACGGCUGCAAUUUUAGCUGAAGGAAUAAUAGUAGAAAUGGCACAACCUCUAGUUCCAAAAUCUCAACCUGAGAAGCCAGCCAGGAAGAGAGAAAUAAAAGAAGACAGCAAAAGUGAGAUAACCAUAACAGUUGAAAAACCAAGUUCCGAAAGCAAUAAUACAAAUUCUGAGAUAAAAAGCCGUUUUGUCUCUCAAAGUGGUGUCGAAUAUUUUUACAUUCCCCUUAAAGGACCAUUGCCUCCAGAUCUUCCUACCCCUCAAACUGCUCCUGUAAAGGGAAAACCUAAACUGAGAGAAGUUAAAUCUGCUAAUUACCAGUCAAAAACCGCAACUACCAGUAAAUCCAAAGUACCUGAAGUAAAACCGAGAUGUAAAUCCGCAACUCCUACCCCAUCCCCGUCUAUUACAAAGAGAGAAGAAGAACCAAAGUACAUUCGAAUAAAACUAAAACCGGACAAAUGUUACUCCGAGGAAUCACCAACAGGAGAUGUACACAAACCAGAUUUUUUAGAUCUAGACAAAAUUGAAAGUGUCUCGACUUUUAGUGAACCUCUAAAAAUCGAUAAAUCCAUAAAAUAUAUUAAAGAAAGCGAUAAAAUAUUUUCUGCAGCUACCAACGGCAGUCCGAAAAUUUCCACUGGAGUUAUUGAUGUUCCAGUAGAAAGUGUUACGCCUUCACCUUCAGUUUCGAGGAGAUCAUCCUUUGCUUCUUUAUUUAAAAGUAAAGAAGCGGUUAUAAGUCCUGAAUCUCCUUCUGUACCUGGCAGUAGUCGAAGAAAAAAUCAUAUAUCCGGUAUAUUAAAAGAAGCUGGUGACAAUUUGCGCACCAGAAGCAGGAGUAGAUCCAAAAGUAGAGAUAGAGAAAGUCAUAAAUCGUCUCUAUCCACAGCACCAUCUUCCACAGAGAGUAUUGACAGCAAAUCGAAGCAUAAGUCUGUACUAUCACUAUUUAAAUCAGGUAAAAAAGAUAAAGUUAAGUCUGAAUCUGAAACUAGCUCACAAGAAACAGUCCGUAGUAGUGAAGGCAUAGGUAAACUAGAAUUCAAAUUUAACGAGUCGAAACCAACUCAUUAUGAAAAUCCAUUAGAAUGUGCUACUGUACGCAUACCACUUCAUUCUCCUACUUAUUAUGAUAAUAGAUCUAUUAAUGACUGGAAAACUUCGAGCCAAGAUUCUCAAGAAACUGUCAUUGAGAAUCCUAGCAGAAGUGUUGAAGUUGUUGCAGAAAAAAUUUCUCAACCAGAACAAGUUGUAGAAAAAAAACAACCACUUGCUAAGGCUACCAGUAAACCUAGUCGUCAAAGUAGUACCAGUAGUGAAAACGUAGUAUUUUCAACGAACUUGGGAGGUGAAAACGAGAUAUUUACUACAAAACUACCCAAGAAUUUACCUAAAGAUAAACAACCCACUGAAAGCGUUAAGGUAGAAAUUAACGGAAUCGUAGAAAUGAAAACAGAAGCUAUAGAGGUUGCAGAUUCACAUCAUAUUAGUAGGGAAUCAUCUAAAGAAAUAAUAUCUACAAGACUGCAAGAUGUAAAUAAAUCACAAAAACUCAAAAGUAUCAGUAGCUUAAAAGAAAUAGAACAAAAACACACAGAAAUCGAGACUGCUGUAGAUAAAAGAAUAUCACAAGUAUCCAUAGGUGCAAUGAGUUCCGUCAGCUCGGUAGUAAGCUCAACAGCUGAUGAGCACAAUUCAUCAGAAUCUGAACGUGAGACGGAAGAUUCUUCUGUCAAGAGUAAACGAGAUGUCGACUUAAAACUUGAUCUUGAUGUCUCAGAGCCAGAACGAAAAGCCAUAGUUCUGCAGCAAGAUUCGUUUGAAGAUGAACUACCUUACAUUCCAACUACACUGCCACAGGAAAGAUCUGCUGCGAUACCAAUAGUUCCAAUAAAGCAACGAUCGACUUUUGAGAUUAAGACUUGCCCCAUAGAAAGGCCAAGGUCUACAACACCUAUUAACCCUAGUUGUUUAGAUGAAUACUGUGAAGAAGUAAUGGGUUCCUUUAAUAUUGAAAGUGUAACAAAAACUAUUGAAAAGCUUAAAAUAUCACUACCAAGAAACGAAUCUUUUGACAAAACGAGUAAGGUAAAAUCUCCAAGAAAAAAGGAUUCUAAUACAAAUUGGUUUGAAUUUGCUGAAAAGGGUAUAACUAGAUCGACUCCAAACGAAACUCCACCCCCUCUGCCACCUAAAGGAAUCCAGAAGAGCUGGAUUAACUUCGAAGAUAUUCCGGAAAAAAGAAAAACUCCAAAAAGGAUUCAAACUCUUCCUUCGAGGAGUUAUAUUGAAGUACCAGAAAGCGUGUUACAAGAAAGUGUCGUGUACAAUUAUGUUAAUCCAGACGAAUGCAAAUGCGAAUGUCAUGAGAUGAAUGCUAAAGAAAAAGAAAGACGAACAAAGGAAUCCCAAGAAGCAGUUCAGGAACAAGUUCAAGAAGAUGAACUUCCACUACUGGAAGAUGAAAAUCCAGAAGAAGAUAAAACUGCUCCGGAUUGUUCAGAUAGGAUUAAGCUUGAUGUGGCUGUUUCAGAUUGUAGAAGUAUUAUUAGUGAUUCUUCAGUGGACCUCAGCACAAGUAUUGAUCCACACGAAGCUAGUGGAACCGAACCUACCCUGCGUACGCCGUUCACAAGUGAUUUAGGAUUAUCCAGUAAUAGAUCUAGCGUUGUGUCCCAGGACGAUCACCAAUCUCCUGAUUCGCCAAAUGCCUUUCCAAGAAUUUCUUAAAUAGUAGUACUCCACCAUAUUUGAAGAUAUUUUUCUGUGGUCGUUUUUUAUUUACCUAUAAUAGAACAAGAAAUAUGUCAGUAUUUCGUCAUUAAUUCGAAGAUUUGUUUUUACGAAGUGUUAGAUGCCCUAGAUUGAAACCAAGUUUCAAAUUAAGUCGGAUUUAAUUCAUUUUAAGAGUUAUUUUACGAGUAACCAUACUUCUAAUACACUUAAAUAAAUAUAUCAGUCUAAUUUAAUAUUAUAUGUAUAUCUACACAUCUCAAAAACGUUGGAGAAUUAACAUAAUAGUAUUUUUUGAUAUAGGUUUAAAGAACUAAAAUAAUUGUAGUAGGUAUUAAAUAUUAGUCCACAGUACAUCGUCCUUUUUUUAAAAUGAUUACAAAAGUCUUAAACAUACUUUUAAUUGCUUCGUUUGAGCGAGUCAACCACUCAGACUCUGAAAAUUUUAAGAGUGCAGGUUAGACGCGUUUCCGCACGCACCACGCCUAAACCUGUAGCUCUAGAGCGGUUAGGUUUUGUUAUUGCAUUAAUUUUAAUCAAAAGAUUAUGCGUUAUAAUAAAAGUAAUUAUUUUUGUCGGACAAAAAAUGGAGCGCGAUGGUCGAGUCUGACACGCGCAAGAAUCCCUCUAGCGUGAUACAGUUUUGUUAUUACAAAACUCUUAAUUUUCAAUUGAAACUAUUGAUAAUUAAUUACUAAAUAAUUUUAGAUCUCUUGUCCGACAAAUUUACAGCCUCGUUUCUUUAGUCCCUCAAUGUAAAUAUGUUAAUUAUGGCAGGUUAUGUUUUACGAUUACAAAAUUUCCGACACGAAUAACAAGUGAUAGAUUGGAGAGCCCUUUAUCCGAAUAUAGCAAUGUCCGACAAAAAUUGGGCAUCAGAUAGCCAGUCUGACAAAUUAAUUUCAAAACUUUUUAUACCGUAACCACCACGCCACAAGACACGUUGAGCUAAUACAGCUCUGAACCCUCCAUUUGUUUCCCUGUUUACUUUUAUAUCUAGUGACGUCUAGAAUGUCAUAAAAUUAUAGAAACCGAAUGUAAACAUAGACAAAGACGUUUCAUAUCCAAACGAAGCGUUCUCAUGAAGCAUCUAGACUAGGGUGGUUCAAAAAAACUUUUUUGGUUUUUCAAGUCGCUAUAGUACACAAGAGUUGCCAUUGAUAUAGACGUUAAAAAAGCACUAAUUAUUAUUUUUUUAUUAAUUUGUUUUCCGGUCGCGCAGUGCCAUCGAAGUUAGCAAAAAAUUGUGAAAAACCUUAAUUUUUCAUAUAUUUUUUUAAAGGACCAGAUAGUUUUAAUUGCGUUCCUAUACCAUCAAUUAACUACUAAAAGUAUGUAAAAUCAAAAUACUACUUAUUCAUACAUUUGUUUCAUAUCUUCCGGUCGCGCAACACAAUACAAAACGAGUAAAAUUAGUAGUUUUUGCAAAAUUUCAAAGUUUGACUGUUUAGUAGAAUUGAAUCAUACGACUUUUAGAGAUGCUAUAGUUUAAUUAUAUUACAAUAAUAUAUAUAUUUAAAAUCCAAGCAUAUAAGAUAAACUUUGAUAUUCAAGUGGAAUUCGGUCGCGCAGCUUCGUUAAAAACAGCAGACUACCGAGAGCCGAGGCGAAAGUGACGAAUACCAGCGAAGCGCGCGCAGCCACAAAUAGAGAUACAUGUGGGAAGACCUCUACAAUGGAGUAUUUGUCUUCUUCAUUAAAACGAACUGCCAUUCCGCCACCUUUUCCAACACUUAGAUGGAAAUAAAUACAGCAGGACCAAUAGGAUAUCCGGACAGAUUGGAAAGGCCCUACCUGAUUGUGAAAGACUACCAGUUGUUGAUUUUAAUCCUAUUGAUUGUGAGAUUCCAAAAGUUGACAAGCGGAUUCUUAACAAGAACCAUUUGUACUUGCUUGAGUUACCAGAAGUCAUCAAUUCAGGACAUUGUUCAGAAGACUUUGUAGUACGUGAUCCUGGCCCAAUGUAACAUUCAAGAUGGCUUACUACUGCAAACCGAGUUUUGCGUUUCUACAUCAGUGUGUUAAGCCCUUCUAAAAAUCUGAGAGAGAUUGUCACAUUCAUUCUCAAAUGUUAUAUGUCUAUGUGGUUUGCCAUAAAAAUAAACCACUAAUUCACAGAUGGGCCUAGACAUGUUUACAAAAUCAUUGAAUUUACAAGGUACUUACCAAAAGAGCUUUUUCAAGUUGUUGAUCCCGUUUUAGAACGGAAUGCUUACUUUGCCCAUCCCGAAAAUUUACUUUUGGCUAUGAUAACCGAAGAAAGAAACCAUAUCCGAGAGCUGGGUGUAAGGCGUGUCAUGAAGGCAAAGCAAGCAAUAUCUGAAAGUGGCUUUAUCAGAAUCUUUAAACCAGCAAACCUAAACUUUGAAGCUAAAGAGUAUUACGAAAUUAUCAAAUGGAACACCAGUACACUGACUUCUCCUCCACUGUUAAGAACAUUGACUAAUGAAGAGAUAAAACAGUAUGUAAGCAAUGACUUCAAGCCUGUUAUGAGUAUAGAUCAGGAUAAGAUAGGAUAACGUACUACAAAGUCUUCUGAUCAACGUCUUGACUUGACGACUUCUGAUAUCUCAAGCAAGUACUGUUGCUCCUUGCUAAGAAGCUUGUCAACUUUUGGAAUCUCACAAUCGAUAGGAUUAAAAUCAACAACUGGUAGUCUUUCACAAUCAGGAAGGCCUUUCCAAUCGGUCUGGAUUUCCUAUUGGGCCUGUUGUAUUUCCAUCUAACUGUUGGAAAAGGCGGCGGAAUGGCAGUUCGUUGUAAUGGAGAAGAGAAAUACUCCAUUAUAGAGGUCUUCCCACAUGUAUCUCUAUUUGUGCUUGCGCGCGCUUCGCUGGCAUUCGUCACUUUCGCCUCGCAUCUCGAUAGUCUGCUGUUUUUGACGAAGCUGCGCGACCUAAUUCCACUUGAAUAUCAAAGUUUAUCUUAUAUGCUUGGAUUUUAAAUAUAUUAUUGUAAUAUAAUAGCAUCUCUAAAAGUCGUAUGAUUAAAUUGUACUAAACAGUCAAACUUUAAAAUUUUGCAAAAACUACUAAUUUUACUCAUUUUGUAUUACGUUGCGCGACCGGAAGAUAUGAAACAAAAUGUAUAAUAAGUGCAUAAUAUGUAUAUAUUAACCACAGGCGUAGCCAGGUUUUAGUUUCGGAGGGGGUUCAAAAAAGUAAAACGACCAAAACUACAUAAAAUAAUCUUUAUAUUUAUAAUAAAAAUUUGAAAUAUGUUAAUAUCUUAACUUUUCGGGGGGAGGGGGGGUUUGAACCCCCAAAACCCCCCCUGGCUAUGCCCGUGAUAUUAACUUUGCAUAUUUUUAGUAGUUAAUUCGUGGUAUAUUAACGCAAUAAAACCAUCAGGCCUGCUUAAGAAAAAUAUAAAAAUUUUAAGUUUUUCACAAUUUUUUUGCUAAUUUUGAUGGUAUUGCGCGACCGGUAGACAAAUUAAUAAAAAAAUAAUAAUUAGUGUCACUAAUAUUAUUUACUAAAUUAGUUUUGUCACGUCUAUACCAAUGGCAACUUUUGUGCACUAUAGCGAUCUGAAAUAAAAAAAAAGGUUUUUUCAAACCACCCUAAUCUAGACUAGAGGUAGGUAAUUUGUGACGAUACCGAAAGUACAAGUAGACUACCACUGUUUAAAAAGAAUUUCUUUUUUUAUAAGUUUGCGUCAUUUUGUUUGUAGAACAAUUACUUUUUUAAUAAACAUGUAUGAUUUGAACGUUAAGAAAAUUAAAAUUAGGUACCUAUGACUUUUGUAAUCGCAAAACAUAACCUGCCAUAAUUGACAUAUUUACGUUGUCGGACUAACGAAACGAGGCUGUAAAUUUGUCGGACAAGCGAUCGACAAUCUUUAGUAAUUAAUUAUCAAUACUUUCCAUUGAAAAUUAAGAGUUUUGUACUAACAAAACUAUAACGCGCUAGAGUGACAUCUUGCGGGUAUCGGACUCGACGAUCGCGCCCUCUUUUUCGUCCGACAAAAAUAAUUUAUUUUAACUCAUAGUCUUUUGAUUAAAAUUAAAAAUUUUAGUUUUGCAAUAACAAAACCUAACCGCGCUAGAAGGUUUAUUCUGAAAUUUUUCAGAGAAUGGUAGACUCGCUCAAACGAACCCGUUAAAAUAAUUUUUAAGACUUUUAUAAUCAUUUUAAAAAAAAACGAUGCUCUGUGGACUAGAUAGAUGUAAAUAUUUUAUCAAAAAAGUUAAGUUCGAUAACUUUGAAGUGUGUCUAAUCUAAAAUCAAAGGUGUUAACUAUUACUAGUCCCGAUUUAUUAAAUUUUUUUAACACAAUGAAGUCAAACUUAUUAUAUCGACCGGUAUGACUUUAAUACUGUGUCAUUUGUUUUUCUGGUUUAGGAAUAAACGCCACCCUCGCUCUUCAGGCUUUGGAAAUAUAUCCCAAAGCACGGCUAGCUCUAAGUAUUUGGAUUAGUGGACUAGGAUAUUACAUAUUCAAUCCAAAAUCGUAAAAUUAAUACUUAAUUUAAACCAAAACCAUGUUCAUAGCACAAAUUUAUUAUAUUUUAAAUAUUUGAAGAAAACAUUUAUGAUUAACAUCUAUAAUGUAAAUUUAAUAUUAAGUUAAAAAAAUAUGUCAUUUUCCACAAAAAAAAACUAACUUUUAUCAGAAUAGAAUAAGAAUAUUAAUAAAUACAGUAGGAAAAAUAAAAGAACACCCAUGAACGAACAUAUAAAACACGCUGUAUUUUCCUGUCACCGUGUCACUUAAAAAAUUGGCCAGCGCAAGUACAUGGAAUAAUUAUUAUUACAUGUACUUGCGCUGGGCAAUUUUCUUUGUGACACGGUGACAUGAAAAUACAGCGUGUUUUAUAUGUUCGUUCAUGGGUAUUCUUUCAUUUUUCCGACUGUAUGUCUACUGAAUAAUUUUACAACAUAGACUUAAUAUACCGUGAAGUAUUGACCACCAAUAAGACUUAAAGGUGCCACUUAUAUAAAUGAAUUAAAUCCUGCUUAAUAUUCCUACAAAAAAAAAACAAUCGAGCUAACCGACAUCAGAUCGCCUUUGUAUAUAUGUGUAAGUAGAAUUAGAAGAAUUUUUGAUUAAAAAUCAGUUAUAUAGGGUACGAAAUAAAGUUAGAAACCUACAUUGUUAUCAUUGCAACUUAUUGUUACCUUUAUAAAGUUAAAUUCUACAUUGUUAUAAUUCUUAACCUUUUCUUUAUGUUUUUGAAUAAAAUCUUUCAUAUGUUUACAUUAUUCAGAGAAUUAAUAAAAUAUUUCUGUCGA